AUGUCCCUGACCACGUCCUCCGACUACUUCGCCGCCGAGUGUUUGGUUUCCAUAUCGAGCGGUCCGGUUCUCCACAGACCCACCCCGGUGGUGGCCGCGGGCCAGCCGAGCGUCGCCGCCGCGGGCCUGCUCCCCGGCGGUGAGCACGACGGCGGCGGCUCCAGCGAGGACCGCGAAGUGCGGGAGACCCUGUGGCUGGAGGGGGCCAACAUGAUGACGGUGGCCGGAAUCCUCACCGACCUCCACGGCAAGUUCCGGCCCAUGUCGGCCUAUUCGGAGAGCAGCAACUCGUCGUGCGGCGGGGAAAGCGGCUACACCACGUUGUCCGACCCCACCACCCCGACCAUGACCCCCUCCGCCACGCCUGUGCCCGGACAGCAAGCGGCGAGGGGCGGCAACGGCGGCCCCCGCUCCCCGGUUAAAAGACACCACUGCACUUUCGUCGGAUGCGACAGAGUUUACGGGAAAUCAUCCCACUUGAAGGCACACAUCCGGACCCACACAGGCGAGCGUCCGUUUCCUUGCACCUGGCCCGAGUGCGACAAGAAGUUCGCCCGCUCGGACGAGCUGGCCCGCCACACUCGCACGCACACGGGAGAGAAACGGUUCCUGUGCCCGUUGUGCGACAAGCGCUUCAUGCGCAGCGACCAUUUGAUCAAGCACGCCCGCCGUCACCCCGACUUCCAUCCCGCCAUGUUGGCGCGCAACAAGGGCGUCUCCUCUCCGGGCCUGACUAUCCCGCAUUAA